AUGCCGGGAUCCUGGGGGCUGCUGUCCUCCCUGCUCCUGCUGAUGCUGAUGGGCUAUCAGAAGGCAUCGGCUCUGGGGGCUCCCUUCACCUGCAGCUUCGAAGGCACCAUGUGUGGCUGGGAGGACAUCAGUAACACAGCCUACCGGUGGGACCCAGCCCAGGCCAGCAUCUCCACGGGGCUGCAGCUUCCUUUCGACCACACGCUGGGCACGGAUUUGGGCUGGUACAUGGCGGCGACAAAGCAGAGAGGAAAGCCCUCGGGCACGGCUCGGCUGAGGUCCCCCCUGUUGCAAGGAGCAGCUGCUGCCUGCGAGAUCCGAGCGUGGUAUCACCUGUGGGGAUCAGGUCUUAACGAGACUCCGCAGCCUCUCCUGACCUUGGAGCUGAGACAGGGAAAUCGCACCGUCCGCCUGUGGCAAAGCCCUCCCGGGGGCACCUACUCCUGGCAGGAGCUGGUGGCCUACACCGGUCACAUCCCGGGCACCUUCCAGGUCACCUUCUCCGCUGUCCAGGGCUCCUCCUCCACAGCACAGCUGGCCCUGGACGAUGUGGAAUUCCGGAACUGCGGCUUCCCACGACCCCAGACCUGUGGCCCAGAGGCCUUCCACUGCCAGCAGGGCGGCUGCAUUGCGAAAGACCGGGUGUGUGACGGCACCGCCGAUUGCAGGGCUGGUGAGGAUGAAGCCACCGCUGACUGUGCCUCCUUCGCAGCGUGCUCCUUUGAGGGGGACUGGUGCCAGUGGACAGUGGUCCCCAACGCCACUCUUCCCUGGCUAAGGAACGCCAGCCUCCACCUGGCCUCGCCUUCGGUGUGGCCUUCGCGGGAUCACAGCACCAACAGCCGGGAAGGCUUCUUCGCCUAUGUCGAGACUCAGAAGCCGGACCUGCACGAGGGAAGAGCAUGGCUGAGCAGCCCAAUGCUGGCCCCGGACGCCCCCCAGCCCUGCUACCUGGUUCUCUACCUCCACCUGCAUGGCUCAAGCAGCAACAGCCUUAAUGUCUACAGCCAGACGGCAGACGCUUUGCGGCUUGUCUGGAGCCGCACAGGAGACUUGGGCAACUACUGGUUCCGGGAGAAAGUGGAUUUCACGGAGGCAAAGAAGUUCAAGGUAGACGAAGCCCAGAGGCCACGGGGCCAGGGGCCUGAACCUCUCAGGCGGACCAGGCUGAGGGCGGUGCAGGACGCCCAGCUCCCGCCUCCCCCCGUGCUGCAGCCCUCCAGCCCUUGCCCCGGGGGGCAGUUUGCGUGUGACCAGGGCAAGCGAUGCCUCGACUUCCAGCUGCUCUGUAACUUCAAGGCCGAAUGUGAGGACGCCUCUGACGAGCAGCAGUGUGGAAUGACCGAUUUUGCCAAGGACCCCGGGGGCUGGAUGGACAUCAGCGUGGGCCGCCUGCGAUGGACCGCCAGCCAGCUCAGUCCUGUGGGGCCUGUUUUCGGUCUGCAGGAGGGGCCGGGGCAGAUGUUCUCCAUGGCGCGGGCUGCCACUCCCGUGUUGGGCCCUUCAGGUGCAGGCUGUGUGCUGCAGAUGGAUUUCACCACUGGCCCAGAAGGCUUCCUCGCCCUUGCCAUUGCCGAUGAGAGCCUGGGCACCCACUGGUGGGCUUGGUUUGCCCGGAGCAACGGGACCGCUUCCUGGGCAGAGGCCACGGUCCCUCUGGGCGCAAGGAGAAGGCCCUUCCAGCUUGAGCUGCUGGCCAUGAAGGGUCUCGAUGGCCCCCGGGGACCCCUGCCACUUGCCGUCAGCAAUAUCUCCUUUGUGAACUGCAGCACCGGAGCCCCAGCCUCAGCCCCCCAGGCAGGGCUGUCCUGCAAUUUUGAGACCGACUGGUGUGGCUGGUAUCUGGAGCAGAACGACGGCUUUGAAUGGAGGCUGAGCAGAAGCCGAGGAGGGGCCGUGGACCACACCACAGGCACAGGCUCUUUCCUGUUUGUGGAUCCUGGUGGACCCUGGAAUCCAGGCUGGCGUGCCCGGCUCGUUUCUGCUCCCCAGGCGACUGCUGCCACCGCUGUCGAGACCUCCUGUCUUUCCUUCUGGUAUCGCAUGGAUGGUCCCCAGAUUGGGACCCUGGCCCUGAAAGUGAAGGAGGCCGGAGAAUCGGGGGAGCAGGUGCUUUGGACCAGGACAGGGAGCCACGGGGCGGUUUGGCAUCGAGCCGCCGCCUCCAUUUCCCCCAAGCCUGGUCAGAAGUAUCAGGUGAUCCUUGAGGCUCUUCGGGACGGCUUUCUGGGGAGCAUAGCUCUGGAUGACAUCACGGUGACGUCUGGAGCCUGCCCGGCCCAGCACCCCUGCUCCUUCGAGGCAGACGAAUGCGGCUUCUCGGUCCCCAAGCAGCAGGCAUGGCAGCGGCAGAGUGGCGCAGGGGGCUGGGGCCCCCCUGUGGAUCACACCAUUGGCGAGCCGAGAGGGCACUACAUGAUCCUCUGCACUGGUGCAGACAAGCUCCCUUCGGGGCAGGUGACCGUCCUGCGCUCUCGCGCCUUCCCUCCUCUGCUCCGCACCCACUGCGUCUCCUUUUGGUACUACCUGAGCGGCAGUGAUCCAGGAUCCUUGACCGCUUACGUGGAGGAGGAAGAGGAGAAGGAAGAGGAAGCGGAGAUGGGGAUGUUCAGCCUGGAUCAGACACAGGGGGCAGCCUGGCGGUACGGCAGCUUUGUGGCAAAGGUCCACGGGAGAUGGCAGGUGGCCUUCGCGGUGGGAGGUGCUGGCGGAGGGCCGGCCUCUUACAUUGCCCUCGAUGACAUCUUUGUGAGGGAAGGCGGCUGCUCUGAACCAGGGUCUUGUGACUUCGAGUCAGGCCCCUGUGGCUGGAGCAAGCCCCACGGAAACUGGUACAGCUGGGACUGGAAGGAAGCAGCCACCACGUUGCGCUCCCCAUCUCCCAAGGAAGACCACACCCUCGGCACCAAUGCAGGUCACUAUGCGUACGUUGACCUGGCAGUGCUGAGCUUGGGAAAGAGCACAGCACGCCUGGCGAGUGAGCCCCUGGCACCCACCACGGGCUCCUGCCUGCGGUUCCACUACCACAUGGACUUCCUUGGGCACAGCUCUCCUGCAGAGCUCAGGGUGAGGCUGACGGGGGCGCAGGGGGAAAGGGUGAUCUGGACCGCCACAGGCCAUCAGAGCUGGACUUGGAUGAACCAAACGCUCCUGGUGACGAGCCUCGUGGAGUUCCAGAUCGUCCUGGAGGCCAGCAGUGGAGCCUGGGUGAGCUCAGGGGUGAUUGCGCUGGACGAUCUCCACUACGCAGCUGGGCCGGACUGUGCCUCCCCCCAGGCAGGGCAAGCGGAAGGUAAGGCCGUCUGCAGCAGCCAAGUCACAGCCGAGGGCCGAUCCCUGCAGGUGCCACCCUGA